UGUAGCAGCAAAAGCAGAAAAGGAAAGGAACCAUGAGUGGAGCAGCAGGAUCGCCCGAUUUCUUCUACAGAGAAGCUCAACGCCUUGGCUAUGUCGCUCGCUCUGCCUUCAAGUUGCUGCAAAUGCAGAAACAGUACAAAUUGAUAACGCCUGGUUCUUCUGUUCUUGACCUGGGCUGUGCUCCUGGUGCUUGGCUUCAGGUGGCAUGCCAGAGCUUGGGACCAUUACAGAAAGGCGGGGCUGUUGUGGGGAUCGAUCUUAAGAAGGUGAAGGUUCCGUCAAUGCAUUGUGAUGCAAGGGUUCAGACUGUUUGUGCUGAUGUAAUGAGCUUACCCAAAGAUCAAAUUAGGGCUCUCUCCCCCAAGCAAAAAGGGUUCUCAGUCAUUCUGUCUGAUAUGUGUCCGCUGGUUUCUGGGAUCAGAGCUAGGGAUGCAGCUUUGUCUGCAGAAUUGGGCAUGCGAACACUUGAAUUGGCUGUUGGGGAGGCUGGCUUGGUGCAAGCUGAUGAUAGUAUUGAACAAAAGGAACAAUCGGAUGUCUCUGGUUCUGAUCCAGAGCAUCGUGGGAUUCUGCUGCCUGGAGGCCACCUUGUUGUAAAGCUUUUGGAGAGUGAAGAUGUUAAAGAUUUUAGCCACAUCUGCAAACCCCUUUUCAAAAAGGCAGCAUGGUUGAGACCUAAAGCUACGAGGUCAUGCUCCAGAGAAAUAUACUUGAUUUGCCAAGGAUUAUUGUCUUUGAAAAAAUGAGAUGUUUGACGCUGCUUGUUUCUUCUGGAUUUAAUAGAGCAUGAAUACAAAUGUGAACAGAAUGCAGAAAUUCAUAGAUUAGCGUAUGCCAAAUUGUUGGCAAUAGUGUAUUCGAUCCUACCUGGAAGAGCUCGAGGCAACGUUGUAGAUGAUAUGUGGAUUUAGUGCAAACGGGAUGGUUUUAGUUUUAUUUUCACCCUUCCAGUUGUUCUGAGCUUUAAACCAUGUGCCAUAUUUGACAUGUACCCAAAAUAUAGCCUUGACAAAAGAGUGGAGUCUCUGCUGCUUUUAUUCUUUGGUCUGCAAAGGCUGAUAACAACAGUUGGAGGCUUUUGAAGCUGGGGAUGAAGAGGGCAUUUAUUCUAGUUUUGCAUGCUUUAGUGGAUUUUUGCUGC